CAAGUGAAUUAUCAACACGCACAACAAAAUUGGGGAGAAAUUUUAAUUACUAUUCACUUUGCAGCUGGUUGAUCUCGUCGCCAAAUUAUGGCCGAUCUUCCCUCCUUUUCCCUCAUCGUUCUGCUCUCACUCAUCACUCUAUCAAUCUCUGUAGAUGCACGACAUCUUCUGGAGACAGCAUUGCCUGAGGUACCUGAGCUUCCCAAGCCUGAAUUGCCUUCACUGCCCAAGGUUGAGCUUCCACCAUUACCUGAAGUCCCAGCCUUUCCUAAACCCGAAGUUCCCAUAUUGCCAAAACCUGAAUUGCCUGAGUUACCAAAGCCUGAAAUUCCCACUCUUCCAAAACCUAAAUUGCCUGAGUUACCAAAGCCUGAACUGCCAACUUUUCCCCACUUGCCUGAGUUGCCAAAACCCUCGUUCCCUACGAAGGACACUAAACCUCCUCAAUCAACUACCAGUCCUUAGACAAAUAUACCAUAAAUGUUUCGAUGUUUGAUCUUGCAGUGAUGACUUCAUCUUUCACAUUGAUCAAUCAUUCACGUCUUUUGAAAUGUCUAAUUCAUAUAUUACAUAUAUAUAGUGAAAUUUGAAGUGAGUGUUAGUCCUAUAAUAUUUCUAUUUCAUAUAUUUGUUUGAUGUACGUUGUUGGCUAAUAUUCUAUAUACAAAGUUGAUCCAGCUUAUUUGUUUGGUUUUGGGUAUGAUUGUGGUGAAUCUUAUUAAAUAGUUGAUGAUCCAA